AUGGAUCCGGAAAUAUCCGUCGUGGAAGAGUACUUCCAUAUGCAGAGGUUGCACACACCCAUGGCCCGAGGCGAUUAUCAAACAUUCCGUAGAGCAGCACUGAUCUGUGUGGUCGGACUCAUCGUCCAGACUUUCGUCGCGCUGCUCAUGCUGAUCUACUCAACUUACUCCGGCGAUCAUGCCGCACGCAGCGCUUCGAUCCUCUUCGGAUCCGGUGUCAUCGUGUGGGCGAUACUGCUCUUUGUCUUUGAUCAACAUCGUCGUGAGCGGAUCGAAUCGAUGGAAGCCGAGCAGUUCGCAAGCUCAGGAGGAGCAUCCGCAAGCGCGUUCUCCGAUGCAGGAGAUGAUCUGCGUGUCGCAGCUCGACGCUUGGUGUUCAUCCAGAAGUGGGUCGUUCCUGCGGCGGGAGUUGUGUUCGCCGCGAUCAAUAUCCUCGCAGGGAUCUCGCGUCUUCGUUCGUGGAACGCGUAUUCCUCGGACGAGACCUUUAUAUACAACACUCAUAUCGUCGGCGCGAUGCUCGCGAUCGGACUCGCGAUCGGCGUCGUCGGCUUUAUCUUUGCACGCUUCGUUUCAGGGAUGGGCAAGAUCAAUGUCUGGUCCAACCUGCGAGCAGGUGCGGCUCAAUCCGUCGCGAUCUCGAUGGUGGGGGUCCUGCUCGCGGUCGCCGCGUUCCUUGAGCUCUCGCUCGGACAGAUGGGUUUCAAAGCGCUGACUCCGAUGAUCAUCCCGAUCGGGAUGAUCGUGCUCGGAUGUGAAGUGGUCCUGAAUCUGGUCCUCGAUGUGUAUCGACCACGCAAGCCGGGUGAAGAUCCGCGUCCUGCUUUUGAUUCUCGUUUGCUCGGAUUGCUCGCGGCUCCGGAUCGGAUAGCCGCGAAUAUCGGCGAAGCGGUCAACUACCAGUUUGGCGUCGAUGUCACUGGAACUUGGCUCUACCAACUGCUCUCAAAGCUCGUUUUUUGGCUCGUUGGAAUGGGUGUCGCGAUCGCGUGGUUGAUGACCAUGCUCGUCGUCGUUGAACCCCACGAACGCGGAUUGAUACUGACCAACGGACGCGUGAGCAGCCCGAUCUUCAGCUUCGGAGAGCGAGGCGAGAGCGACAUCGGACCUGGUCUACAUGUCAAACUACCUUGGCCGUUCGCGACUUACGAGACUCCGGUCUCGUACUCGCGCAGCGGAGGUCAACAAGAAGAAGUCCGCACAACGACUGGGGUGCGGGUGCUCCAACUCGCCGCGAAUGCUCCAGACGAGGGCAAAGACACGCCGUUGAUCUGGACUGAAUCACACUCAAGCCGUGAGAAGCUCAAUGUCGUUCAGCCGAGCCUUGCCGGUCACGAAGACGAAGACGGCACCAACUCACGCGGCGACCUGUCGCUCGUGGCGCUUGAAGUCCCGAUGCACUUCGUGGUUCGCGAUGUGAAGCUGUUCGAUCAGUUUGCUGGACCUGGUCAGCGCGAGGAUCUGCUUCAGAUGAUUGGGCGCCGAGUGGUGACCCAGUAUCUCGGACAGCAGUCAAUUGAUGAUGUGCUCGCGCACAAUCGGACCCAGAUGCUCCCAGAGCUGCGGAGAUUGCUCGAAGAAGCAUUCGCACCGCUCAACGAGGGGCAAGGUCCCGGAAUCGAGAUCCUCUUCGUCGGUAUGCAAGGGGCGCAUCCACCCAUCAAGGUCGCUCCUUCCUUUGAGCGUGUCAUCGCGGCUCGUCAGAACCGUGAAUCCAUGAUCGAAGAAGCGAGCCGAGUGGAGAUCGCGACACUGACUGAGGUUGCGGGAUCGGUUGAACUCGCCGAGCAGAUUGUUGGAGAGCUCGAUCAACUCGAGAUCCUCCGCAGAGAAAACGCUGAACAGGUCGCGGUUUCCGAGACCGAAUUGGAGGUCCAGCGACUGCUCGAGACCGCAGGCGGCGAAGCGGGUGAGAAGCUCCUCGACGCCGGCGCUCAACGCUGGACUCGUCAUAUGUCUGAGCGUGGACAGGCGUUGCUGCUUGAUGGACAACAACAGGCGUACUCAGCGUCGCCAAGCUUGUACCGAUCACAGACUUAUUUUAACGCGCUGCUCGAUGCGAUCGAGAGCGCUCGUGUGUAUCUGACUCCCGCGGAUGUGGAAUCGCUCCAUGUACGCAUCGACCUGAUGGAUCAAGAAGCCGGGCCAAAGCGCCUGAAACGACCCCCGAUGAUGGGCAUGCUCUACACCGUUCGUUUCACUGAAUCGGCGGUCAAGACGACCUUCGGAAAGGCCGGGGAGAACUCGAUCAUCGUCGAGCCGGGACUGCACUUCAAAGCGCCGUUCCCGAUCCAAUCGGUGACCAAGUACGACACGCGCACACGCAUCGUGCAGGCGCGUUCGGAAACUCAGCAGACCGCGGACGACUUCCAGGUCAUCGUUGAAGCGUUCCUGACCUACAAGGUCACCGAUCCGCUCAAGUUCUUCCGCAGUUUCUCCAACGCUGGAGAUCGCCCGAUCGAUCACUACAUCAAAGCGGAAGACUCCGUUCUCCAGGACCUGCUCCGCUCGGCGCUUGGUGAGACCUCUAAGUUCUCGAUCACCGAUCUCUACUCACCUGACCAAGGCGGAUCAGCACUCCCUCAGCUCGAAGAGCGCGUCCUCAACACACUCGCACAAGGCGGCGAGGGUGGCAACCCGCUCGACGACUACGGCAUCGCCGUAACCUUCGUCGGGAUCGAUCGCAUCAUCCUCCCAGAGGACACCACCGAUGCGGUGAUUACACGCAUGGGCGCCAAUCGUGACCGACUCGCCGAACGCUACGAGUCUGAGGGACGCUCCCAAGCUCGCGCGAUCGAAGCGAAGGCGAAGUCCGACGCGGACAAGAUUCGUGCGUUCGCGCAGCGUCGUGCCGAUGAGAUCCUCGCGAAGGGUGAAGCGGAAGCCGCACCGUACCUCGCGCAGCAGAAUAUCAAUCCUGAACUCGCGGUGUUCAUCCAGAACAUCCGACUCAUGCGUGAAUCCAUGGCCAAGAAGUUCACACUGAUCUUCUCGACAUCGGACUACGGUAUGCAGCUCUUUGAUCCGGAUGCUGCAGAUUUGGCGCGGAUGGAUUCCGCGAACCAGUCACUCGCGGAUGCACUCAAGAUCACCUACGGCUUGCUCAAGUUCGCGAUGGUCGUACUCAUCGUGCUGUUUGCAGUUUCGGGUGUGCAGUCCAUCAAAGAAGGCGAGCGAGGCAUCAGUGUCCGUUUCGGGAAGCAGGUUCGGACGAAUCUCGAACCUGGAUUCCAGUGGUCUUUCCCGUACCCGAUCGGUGAGAUCGUUCGAGUGGGUGAAGGUGCCGUGGAGAUGGCGGUUGCCAAAGAGUUCAUGCCCAACAUCCCUGGUGAGCAGUCCGAUGAAGAAGCACUCGCGAUCGACAUCGAUCGCUUCAACGACUCGUCCACGCUCAACCCCGCUCAGGACGGCUCGAACAUCACUUCAGACUUCAACAUCGCGCACACCCAAUGGAGCGUGAACUAUCGUCGAUCCAACCACGCGUUGUAUGUCUCCAACAUGAUCCCUGAACAGGAACGCGCGAUGAUGAAAGCGAUCAUCCAGCGUGCGGUCGUUCAUGUCAUCGCGGAGGUCAACAUCGACGAUCUGCUCAAGAACUCCUCAGAGACCAUCUCGGGAAGAGUCCGAGCGAUGGCGCAGGACUCGCUCGACGAGCUCGAAUCGGGUAUCUCGAUCGAUCGUGUUGUGCUCACACGCAAGAACGCGGCGCUCUCGCUCCGCUCGAAGUUCAGCUCGGUCCAGACUGCCGCACAGACUGCAGGUAAGGCACGCGAAGACGCGCUGCUACUGCGUGACCAGAUGCUCAACGAGGUCGCGGGACGCGGCAGCGAUGUGCUGAUUGCUCAGAUCAAUGAGUUCGAGCGCUUGAUCGAGUUGGGUCAGACGCAAGCCGCGGAAGAGCAGCUUGCGAAGAUCGAUGCGAUCCUCGAAGGUCGUCCAGUAGAGAUCGACGGCGAGGUCUUGGAAUCGCUCGUCUCCGGAGAAAUCUCCGAGAUGCUCACGCUCGCGCAGACGCUCUCAUCGAACCGAGUCAGUCAAGCGAUUGCGCAGCUGGAGAACUUCCGUUCCAAGCUCGCGCAGUACGAAGCGAACCCCAAGCUGAUGGUCGCUCGCGACUGGUCCAGCGCGAUGGCUGAGUUCCUCGACAAGGACUUCGUCUCCACGAUGGUGCUCCCUGAGGGAGUCAGCGCCGAACUGUUGAUCAAUCGUGACCCAGACAUUCUGCGAGAAAUCGAUCGCGAGAAGAAACGACGAGAAGCACAGGAAACUGUCGAUCGCAGGCGUGAAGAGAUGCGCCGUUCCUUCUUCCAGACCCAGCGUGGUCUCAAGGAACCAGAGGAGUAA